UGUAACAAAAAUCACGAGUUUUAAUUAGCAAGUGUGUUUCACGUUGUAGUCGUACUUGAUGGAGGGGCGUAGCGAAGGGUGGUUUGAGACAAAAGAGAUGGAUAUCAGAAGCAUGCCGUCGUCACGCCAUGCUUCUUUGCCAUACAGAGUUGGUGUCCCGCCAAAGCAGAAUUUUUGGACGGAGUUCUCUAGCACCGUGAAGGAGACCUUCUUCUCGGAUGACCCUCUCCACUCCUUCAAGGAUCAGUCGAGGUCCAGGAAGUUUGUUCUUGGAGUACAAGCUGUUUUUCCGAUUCUCGAAUGGGGGAAACGUUACAAUCUUAAGAAAUUUAAAGGAGACCUUAUUGCAGGGCUUACCAUUGCCAGCCUCUGCAUUCCUCAGGACAUCGGCUACUCCAAGCUUGCAAAUUUGUCUCCUCAGUAUGGUUUAUAUUCGAGCUUUGUCCCGCCUAUGGUGUAUGCAUUGAUGGGAAGCUCAAGGGAUAUAGCCAUAGGGCCAGUUGCUGUUGUAUCCCUCCUGCUGGGAACUUUGCUUCAAAACGAAAUUGAUCCGAUAAAACAUCCUUUAGAAUAUCGAAGGCUUGCCUUUACUGCAACCUUUUUUGCGGGAAUCACACAAGCAACACUUGGCAUUCUUAGAUUGGGGUUCUUGAUUGAUUUCCUGUCUCAUGCUGCUGUUGUUGGCUUCAUGGGCGGCGCUGCCAUAACCAUUGCACUCCAGCAGCUCAAGGGAUUCUUAGGAAUCAAGAAUUUCACCAAGAAGACCGAUAUCAUCUCUGUGAUGCAGUCGAUUUUCAGCUCCGCUUAUCAUGGAUGGAACUGGCCUACAAUAGUAAUCGCAGCAGCGUUUCUGGUGUUUCUUCUCGUAGCAAAGUACAUUGGGAAAAAGAAGAAGAAAUUAUUUUGGGUACCUGCGAUUGCUCCAUUGGUAUCCGUGGUCCUGUCCACCUUUUUCGUCUACAUCACUCAUGCAGAGAAGAAAGGAGUGCAGAUUGUUAAACACAUCGAGAAAGGAAUCAAUCCCGCAUCAGUAAGUGAAAUCUAUUUCACGGGCGAUUAUCUCUUGAAAGGCGUUAGGAUCGGCCUAGUUGCUGGGAUUAUUGCACUCACAGAAGCAGUUGCAAUCGGAAGAACAUUUGCUGGCAUGAAGGACUAUCAAAUAGAUGGGAACAAAGAAAUGGUGGCUCUUGGAGCAAUGAACAUUGCUGGUUCAAUGACAUCUUGCUACGUCGCCACGGGUAUAAAUCAAAUCAUAUCUACCAUAUCCUUAAGUCUAGAUAUAUUAGAGGCAUACAUGAUUGGCUCUUGUGUACCAUCUUUUGCAGGCUCCUUCUCACGCUCCGCAGUGAACUACAUGGCCGGCUGCCAAACAGCUAUUUCAAACAUCGUGAUGUCUGUUGUCGUGUUCCUAACGCUGCAGUUCUUCACCCCUCUCUUCAAGUACACCCCAAACGCGAUCCUGUCCUCCAUCAUCAUUUCAGCUGUCAUCGGCCUCAUUGACUACAAUGCAGCAGUUCUGAUAUGGAAGAUCGAUAAAUUCGAUUUCAUUGCUUGCAUGGGAGCCUUUUUCGGUGUGGUUUUCGCCUCUGUUGAGAUUGGCCUCCUGAUUGCUGUCUCGAUAUCCUUUGCGAAAUUACUAUUGCAAGUAACAAGGCCUAGAACAGCCAUUCUUGGAAAAAUUCCAAGAACAAAUGUUUAUAGAAAUAUUCAACAAUAUCCAGAGGCAAGCAAGGUUCCAGGAGUUGUGAUUGUGAGAGUUGAUUCUGCCAUUUAUUUCUCAAAUUCUAACUAUAUUAAAGAAAGGAUACUAAGAUGGCUAACCGCAGAGGAAGAGCAACUAACAGCUGCUGGCCUUCCCAAAAUUCAGUUUCUUAUCAUUGAAAUGUCACCCGUCACGGACAUCGACACGAGCGGCAUCCAUGCGUUGGAGGAGUUGCUGAGAACCCUGCAAAAGAGAGACGUCGAGCUGGUCCUGGCAAAUCCCGGACCCGUCGUGAUGGACAAGGUGCAUGCGUCGAAGCUGGCGAGCCUCAUCGGCGAGGAGAAGAUAUUUCUUACAGUGGCAGAUGCAAUUCAGACAUGUUCUCCAAAAUUUGCUGAAGAAGUUUGAGAGUGAAGGAGAGGCUAAGAAAUAAAAGAGGCUGAUAAAGUAUAUGUUAGUGGAAUUCUUGUCAGAAAUUGAUGAUCCAAAUCCAAAUGCAGGACCCCACGAUCAAGUGGAGAUUAAAAGAAAUUGCUUUUGUGGAUAGACUUUGAGUAUGAGUGAUGCCUUUUCACCUAUAAAAAUUAUACAAAUUCUACCAUCAAAGUAUGAUUUGGGCUUCAAUUCUUGUAUUUUCUCUUAAUAUAAUGGAGGUGAUACGUAGAAGAA